CCCCGCAGGUUCACGUUUGUCUUUUCCGUAUCUCCUCCUAUCCCCGGCCUCGCUUUUGCCUUCCCCCUCCUCCCGUCUACCCUCCCCUCACACACAGUGCGGUAUCUUCCCGAGCUCCAUUGCGGAUGCUGCUGGGCCUGCGCCAUAUUGUGCGAUCACAGGGAUAUUGGGUUCAGCAUCACAACAUAAAUCGCAGCCCGGGAGCCCCGACACCGCCGCCCGGGAACCGCGACACCACCACCCGGGAGCCGCGACACCGCCGCCCGGUGACUGUUAGCGGACUGAGUACACAAUGUCUCAGGCGGUGCAAAUGAAUGGGGCUCAACCCCUGAGCAAAACAUGGGAACUAAGUCUGUACGAGUUGCAAAGGACGCCACAGGAAGCAAUAACGGAUGGUUUAGAAAUAGUGGUGUCCCCCAGAAGCCUACACAGCGAAUUGAUGUGUCCAAUUUGUCUCGACAUGUUAAAGAACACAAUGACAACUAAAGAAUGCUUGCAUCGGUUUUGCGCCGACUGCAUUAUAACUGCUCUAAGAAGUGGAAACAAAGAGUGUCCUACGUGUCGGAAAAAAUUGGUGUCAAAAAGAUCUCUUCGUCCAGAUCCAAAUUUCGAUGCUCUAAUAAGCAAGAUCUAUCCCAGUCGGGAUGAAUAUGAAGCACAUCAAGAAAGAGUGUUAGCCAGGAUCAGCAAACAUAAUAACCAGCAAGCUUUGAGUCACAGCAUAGAGGAGGGACUGAAGAUACAAGCCAUGAACAGGUUACAAAGAGGCAAGAAGCAGCAAGUGGAAAAUGGGAGCGGAGCCGAAGAUAACGCAGAUAGUUCUCACUGCAGUAACGCGUCCGUACACAGUAACCAAGAAGCCGGUCCCAGUAAUAAGAGGACCAAAACAUCUGAUGAUUCCGGUUUAGAACUGGAUACAAACAAUGAGACCGUGACAUUGGAUCCUGCGUUGGAUGGUGCCAGUGAGAUUGAAUUAGUGUUCAGACCUCACCCAACACUGAUGGAGAAAGAUGAAAAUGCUCAGACCCGGUACAUUAAGACAUCAGGUAAUGCUACAGUUGACCACCUAUCAAAAUAUUUAGCUGUGAGGUUGGCACUUGAAGAAUUUCGGAGUAAAGGAGAAACCGAUCAGAUGAGCCUCAAUGCUGCCAGUGAGAAACAGUAUACUAUAUACAUUGCAACAGCCAACGGCCAAUUCACAGUGCUAAAUGGUUCAUUUUCCUUGGAGUUAGUCAGUGAAAAAUAUUGGAAGGUGAACAAGCCAAUGGAACUGUACUACGCACCAACCAAGGAACACAAAUAGUGCCAGACUUUUAGCAGAGGAGGCAGACGCUCUCGUAGACAAUACCUCUUUUUAAUACAAGCGGCUCCUGGAUAUUUUGCACAGCAGACAUCACUAAUGCAAUUUCAGAAUAAACAUUCUGACAAUAACUAGCCACCAAAACAAGCGGCUUGCAACAUGGAGGAAGAUCUUAUCCUAUUACAAAAUCCAUGACGGAGUGGGGGGGUUUUUGUACUUUUUUUUGUGUUUUUCUAAUACACAUUUAUUUAUUAAAUACGUUGAUCGAGUUGUCAAA